CCUCCUCCUCCUCCUCCUCCGCGGCGGCGCGGCGUGGAGAGGCGUGACGCGCCCGAACCGCAUCUCCAGGAUGGCAGGUCCUCCUGACGAGCCCUUGGCUCUUUGCGUCAGACCGCCGGCGCUUUGAGGACAAUGGACCCUGUGAUCCUGCUGGGCUCCAGCUUCAGGACCAGGAUCGGUAUGGACCCCAGAGCCAGGGCAUAUAGACAAACGCUUGGUGUGAUUUUUCUAGUGGCUGGCACACUGGUCUCAACGGCAGCCACCAGCUCAUCUGCUGAAGGUGUGUUGGAGUUAAACAGGACAAUGGAGCCAGAAUUUCAUCCCUCGUCACCAUCAGCUACAUCAUCCUUCUCCCCUCCCACUGGGCCCUCAGACUUCAGUUACCAUGUUAACAUUGUUGGUGCUGGCUCGGCAGAGGACCAGGAUGCUGGGGCUCAGGGGAUCCACCUCCUCCUGAGACCCCCAGACCUCCUGUCCCCCAGUCUGUCCCCACCUAUCCCCCCACACAGCCAGCCCACGCUAACUCCCCCUCCCCCCUGGGAACAGGGCCCCUCCCUAGAAGAAGCUUGGGGCUCUGGAGACUACCUGGAGACUCUGUCCUUCAUGGUGCCAGAUGGCGAGGAACUCAGCCUCGCCACGCCACUGCCCAGCCACCCCUGGGACACAGACUCUGGGGGGGACUGGGUCUCUUAUGACCACGCCUUCCCUUCACGUCCAACUCUCCCUCUUGUGUCUCGCCUCCCCUUGUCCCCCUCCUCCUCGGCUCCUAAUGCACCUCUGCACACCCACACUGUCCGUCUGGAUAGUUUUUCCACAUGGGACGAAGAAUACGACCCAGAAGACAUGAUGCCUCUGGAGCCGACGGAGGUGCUACUGCCGGACAUGAACAGCCUUGAGUACUACACCAAACUGCUGGCCCGGGAGAAGGAGCGGGAGAAGGAGAAGCAGAAGGAGAGGGAGCAGGAGGAGCAAAUACAUCGGACCAAGUCCAGACCCUCCAUUACGCCGACAACAACACAAACCUACCAUUCCCCUCCGACCCCAGUGCCUACCCAUAGUGGGCCUCCCACAGAACCGGAGCAGAAACGUCCCCCACAAGGACCCAUCCCGCCCCUCACUCCCUCGCCUGCUCUUACAGACGAGAAGUCGUCUACUCCACCUAACACCUCCCAAACCCCUUUAACACCUGCUCCACCAUUUAACACGACCAGCCAAGUGCCAUCCGCCCCUCCACUGGGACCCCCGACUCAUCCUGUCAAACCAGACAGACCGUCAGUGAUCACAGAAAAACCUGCUAAAACCCCCGCUAUGAUGACCACCACCCAGAUCACCUCCAUCAGUCUAACAAGAGGCCCCCCAGUCACCACCCCCAAAGGGGCCCAGACCCCGCUCACCAGACAGUAUCUGUGCAACGUCACCAAGCCUGAACUGUACCUGGUCCGAGUGGUGAGUUCUAAAGGCUCGUCAGCCGGUUUCAGCCAUGUCCGAGACUUGCUGAGGAGAGAGUUCAAUCGCUCAGUGGAGCUGCAGUUUCUGAGGACUCCGUCCAGUUUUGCCUUUCGCGUCGUGUCAGGGCCGAUGAUAUUCACUGCCAUAUCUGUCAUCAAUGCUCUCCGCCAGUCACCACGUAGCUCAGGACCCGUUCCUACAGUGUCCCCACUGUAUACCAUACCUGACCUCUGGUAUCAGAUCCACUCAGUGCUGCAGUUUGUUCCCACCCAUGUCGACAUCAGAGCGUGCAACUUCACUGAAAGGGUGGAGAGAGGGCUGAUGAUGGCGUAUGCAGAGAGCCGAAGGAGGUCCCAUGAGGCAGGAAACAUCACCGUACAGCUGCUGAAUGUCACCACGGGCAUAGCGUGGCCAGCAGUGGGGCAGAAGCUUCCUGUUGACAUCACAUUUGCUGUUCGAGAUGGAAGGGGCUACCUGCCUGGGUCGGAGGUUAGCGAACACCUGAGGAAGCUCAGCCUGGUCGAGUUCAGCUUUUAUGUUGGAUUUCCUGCUCUGCAGAUAGCAGAACCCUUCCAUUAUCCAGAGCUAAAUAUGUCUCACCACCUGCGCGCCACGUGGGUCCGUACAGUUCUGCUGGGCGUUCAGGAGCAGCAGGUGGCUGAGAGGAGCUUUAAAGCUCGUCUGGAGAGACGUCUGGCUCUCCUACUGGAGGAAGGACUGCUGGAGACCAGCAGGAGGCGCUGGAGGAGAGCAACGGCAGUGGGCAACAACAGUCUGCAGGUGGUGCGGAUAUCCAGACUGUCGGGGCCAGAUCGGCCCCUGGAGGUAUUUUACUUUGUGGAGGGUCCCGGUGGGGAGAGGGUGCCGGCCGAGGUCACCGCCGCCACAAUGAACCGGCUAGACCUUCAGAGGGCCGCCAUUGUCCUUGGACACCGAGUCCAGAGGCCGUUGGCUCAACCGGUAGAAACUCCUUCCGUCCCUCCGGCCGAGACUCAAAGCAGCAGCAUUUGGCUCAUCGUAGGGGUUGUAGUCCCUGUCCUGCUGGCCGUCUUCAUUAUCAUCAUCCUCUACUGGAAACUCUGUGGGUCUGAGAAGCUUGAGUUUCAGCCAGACGCCAUCAACACCAUCCAGCAGAGGCAGAAGCUUCAAGCUCCCAGUGUCAAAGGCUUUGACUUUGCCAAGCUCCAUCUCGGUCAGCACAGUAAAGAUGACAUCAUGGUGAUCCAGGAGGCCGGCCCACUGCCCGCCCCCAUGAAGGAGGCCACGCCCUCUGAUGGCGGUGACCUCAACACUCCCAAAUCCAAAGGAUCAUCCACCAAAGCUGCACGCUACAGUCGCCGCAGAGGAAGGCUCAGCCCGUCAGACGGUGACUCGUUAGGAAGUGACCAGUCCAGUGGCAGGGAGUCUGCAGAGGAAAGCACCAGACCUGUAGCCACGCCCACUGAGGGGAAACACCACAGAAAGAUGCCCAAAAAUGGGAGGAGCAAAAUGGUGGUCCCGUCAGGCAGUGGUCCAGAUGAACUUCUCUCCUCAUCCUCUAUCUUUGACCACGUAGACCGUCUCUCCCGGGGCUCUUCAGACGGAACCCGCCGCCAGGCCAACAAGGUGCAACUCAUCGCCAUGCAGCCACGACCAAGUCCGCCCGCGGUCCCCGCUCCUUCACAGCCAAGCCCCUCCCUCACUGAAAAGGUCAAUACAGAGCAGGUGGCGCUAAGGCACAAGUCUGAGAUCGAGCAUCACAGGAACAAACUGCGGCAGCGUGCCAAGAGACGGGGUCAGUGCGAGUUUCCGUCUAUGGACGACAUCAUGGAUGCGUUCGGAGAUGGGCCGGUUCAGAGCGAAGCGGCGCAGCGACUCUACAGCUCUGCCCACGACCACAUGGACUGCAUCCUUCAGGCCGACGGAGCCUUACCCCCCACGCCUGCUGACUCCAGGAAAAGAGGGAGGCGCUCUCCUCGGGGCCGGAGGCCGCACCAAGGGCCGGGAAGUCUUCCAGAUACAGACAGAGAUCGGCUGCUCACAGACCAGAGCGCCACCUACAGAAAGUACCCAGGACUCAACAAUGUAGCGUACAUGUCGGACCCUGACCUGCCUCCAGACCACGGCAGUCCCUCCCCGACUGAUGAGGUCUUUGACCCGGCCCCAGCUCCACCUCCUUAUAUGCCCCCACAGCCUUCCAUUGAGGAAGCGCGGCAGCAGAUGCACUCCCUGCUGGAUGACGCCUUCGCCUUGGUGUCACCAUCUUCACAGGCCAGCGGCGUGAGAUAUGCAGAGUUGGGAAUCUCGCCCACCUCCAUCCAGGGUCUGCUGCAGAGGCAGGGCCUGGGGUCAGCAGGAUACGUUCCUGCUGGAGAACAACUGCAAGAAUCCAUUUACUCCAACAGGGGCAAGUAUGAUGACCCCCCUUCAUCCUCCAGACCCCGACCUGUAGGGGGCAGCACAGGGGCCCAGUUGCACCAUCUGACCCAGGUGGGUCUGUCCAGUCAGAUCGGUGCGUACCCUGGUGUAGGUCGCAGCAUGUCUGGACCCACUGGCUCCAGUUGGCACCAGCAGCACUCCGACCAGGACCUGUCCAGACCAGGAGGUAGCAGAGAGAGCGUGCUGUCCUUCCCUGAGUUCUCUUCCUCAUCUAUUUUUCAAAUGCCCGGUUCUUCAUUACGAGAACCAUCAGCUCCACCCCUCCUCUUAACCUCCCCCACCCCAGAAUACCCACCAGAGGAUGCCUCCCCGUCUGCCCACACAUCCGCCUCUCUCAUCAAGGCUAUCAGGGAGGAGCUGCGACGGCUGGCCCAGAAACAGGCGGCCGUCACCAGCUAUCCUUAAACUGACCUGGAUUUUUCAGGGGUUACUAGCUGGUCAAACGGUUUGUGCCGCUAAACCCAAACUACCAAGGAUCCAUAUCUGCUAACAAAGGGCAGCGUCUCCUGAAGACCACCAGUACUUAACAGGGUCUUUGUAUUCAUCUGUCCGCUACCUUUUGGCCGGUGUCCAUUGCACAAAGUUAGAUCUACAUUUCCACUGAAGUGGAUCACAGAGGAUCAGCGUACCUGGACUCCUACACCGACUCAUCCUUCUAGAACUUCUGGAACAGCAAUACAGCCCCAUAAUCUAGAAAUGAAAGCUCCCUCUUGAGGUCUGAAGUCGAAUUACUGCAAAAACGGAACUAAAAAUAAGUAAAAUGCUCUUAAAAUUACUGUAUUUUUCCUUGCUUUGAGUAGGUAAA